AGGACCCCGACCGCUUGGGAAUUCCGCCUUCUGUCCACGGAAGUGGUCUCGCUUUUCGGGCCGGCGCCUGUGAGUUCUUCCCUCCCGCUCCAGACAUGUUCGUCCCCUGCGGGGAGUCGGUCCCCGACCUAACGAACUUCACACUCCUGAUGCCAGCAGUAUCUGUUGGGAAUGUUGGCCAGCUUGCAAUAGAUCUGAUUAUUUCUACACUGAACAUGUGUAAGAUUGGUUAUUUCUACACUGAUUGCCUCGUACCAAUGGUUGGAAACAAUCCAUAUGCAACUGAAGAAGAAAAUGCAGGUGAACUCAGUAUAAACACUGAAGUAUAUUCAUUGACGUCAAGGAAACUAGUGGUGCUUCAGUUAAGAUCCAUUUUUAUUAAGUAUAAAUCCAAGUCAUUCUGUGAAAAGCUGCUGGCCUGGGUGAAAAGUAGCAGGUGUGCCAGGAUUAUUGUUCUUUCAAGCAGCCAUUCAUAUCACUGUAAUGAUGUACAACUUCGCAGUACUCCUUUCCGGUACCUGCUUACACCUUCUAUGCAAAAGAGUGUUCAGAAUAAAAUAAAGAGCCUUAACUGGCUAGAAAUGGAAAAAAGUCCAUGCAUUCCUGAGAUGAAUGAUUCUGAUCUUUGUAUUCGAGUUCCUGGAGGUGGAAUCACAAAAACACUCUAUGAUGAAAGCUGUUCUAAAGAAAUCCAAAUGGCAGUUCUGCUGAAGUUUGUUUCAGAAGGGGACAAUAUCCCAGAUGCACUCAGUCUUGUGGAGUAUCUUAAUGAAUGGCUUCAGAUAAUCAAACCAAGUCGUGACAGCCGGGCAGCAUCCGCCUUGCCGUGGAAGAUCCCAAGCUCAUGGCGGCUGCUCUUUGGCAGUGGACUUCCUCCCGCACUGUUUUGAUCUGUUCUCAGCCUUCUCCUUCAUCACCGCAAGAUCACAAAAUGGGCUGUUGAGUGUGUGCUAUACAGAAGCUUGUGCUGCCAGGGAAUGUGUUAGAAGUGCUUUUCACAGGAAAACCUCAAAGAAGAGAGGUCUUAGAAGUCGUUAACCCUUGUUACAUACAAUAAAUGUAAAUUUUCUACAACAAAA